AUGGAUUUGGGUACUAGUAUCCAGCCGCUUGCGUAUGGGAUUGCGUAUUCGACCUUUUUUGUCGGCACUUUAUCGAUUUUGCUGCGGUUUUAUUGCCGGUAUAUUGUUCUGAGAACGUGGGGGUGGGAUGAUUAUAUUGCCGUGGCUAUUCUGGCUUUUAGUUUUGCGCAGCAGGGCGUGCUGCAGAUGUUUUUGUAUUGGGGGUGUGGACUUCAUAUGGGAGCCCUGGAUACGAACCACCAUCUCGAGAUUACCAAGUGGUUAUUUAUUGAAGAAGUUCUCUACUACUCUGUUCACUGGGUGAUCAAAUUAGCUUUUCUCGUAUUUUACCUUCGUUUAUCUCCCGAUAGCGACACCUUUCGAUACGCCGUCUAUUUUGGAGUGGGAUUUAACACUCUUGUAUGGAUUACCAGUGUCCUUGUAGCAUGUUUCCAAUGCAUGCCAUUUGACGAAAUAUUUCACCCAGGUACACAUUCUGAUGCUCAAUGCAUCAACAAGAUGAUACUUCUCCUCGGCCCUUGCAUUCUAAACAUCCUCGUAGACAUCUACAUCCUAAUCCUCCCCAUCUCCACCAUCUGGGCCCUAAAAAACAUCCGCAUGCGCCGCAAAAUCGCCGUCCUCUGCGUCAUCGGCUUCGGCGGCAUCUCCGUCCUCAUCGCCUGCUGCCGCAUCGUCAUCCUCCUGCGCCUGUCAUCCCCCUCCCCUUCCCUCGACACCUCCUACAUCCUCGGCACCAUGGUCGUCGUCAGCGCCCUAGAAAUCCAAUCCGCCAUCAUCGCCGUCAAUCUCCCCAGCCUCAAGGCCCUCUGGACAAAAUACACGGGCGCAAACGGCGCAGUACCGACAAGUCGCCAGAAUCUACACAACAAGGCGUACAAAAUGUCGAGUUUCACCGGCACCGAUUCCGACUCGGAGUCGGAGUCGUUGUCGCCUACUUGCCCAAACAGACCCCGCAUCAAUAAAAAACGCUCCUCGGAUUCCACUUCGUCCUUCUGGGACGCAGACAACCCGCUCACGACCCUCGCGUCAGAGGAAGAGUCCGUCCUCGGCGACAUGAUGGCCGUCGUGAUGCCCCUCCAGUGGGUCCGCAGCGACAUACGCGCCAUUCGCGUGGGGAGGGGCUACAUUGUGCGCAGCAUGAUGAGCAUGGAACGCGUGGAGGAUUGCUUCCCCGUCGGCCAUUUUCUGAGGAACUAUGGGCCGAGGAGGGAUGCGGAGAGCGUGGUUGCGUCGCUGGUUUGA